UUGGUCUGAAUACACAGUUAACCAAGCAUAAUUUAAAUGGGCCCUAAGGCCCAACUGUGGGCGAUGUUUCAUUUCGAAUAAAAGCAAUUACGGCUGGAGUUAAAAAAUAAUUGAAGCAGCGCCAAAAGGGAAUAUUUUGGACCAGAGUCGGCAAAUAUUCUGCUGAACUGCAAAUCCAUCACUCUUACUCCUCUACUGCCACCGGGAACCACCACAAACCACCGAGAAGCGCGAGAUGCUUGGAAGAACGACAGUGGAGGUCAGAGCAGACGGGGUGGCCGUCGUCACUAUCAAUAAUCCACCUCUCAAUCUGCUGUCUGUUGACGUGAUACUUAGCUUAAAGGAGAGUAUUGAAGGAGCUCUAAUAAGAGAUGAUGUGAAAGCGAUUGUAGUUACUGGUUCAAGAGGAAAGUUCUCUGCAGGAUUCGACGUGACAGCUUUUGGUGGUUCUCAAGGGAAAAAGACAAAAAUGGAGCUCGGAUUUAUGUCAAUCCAAAUUGUCACUGAUACUUUGGAAGCUGCAAGAAAGCCCUUUGUAGCUGCUAUUGAAGGACCUGCUUUUGGUGGUGGACUGGAAAUUGCUCUUGCAUGUCACGCUCGCAUAUCGACUUCCUCUGCACAGCUGGGUCUUACUGAGCUUCAGUACGGGAUUCUUCCGGGACUUGGAGGAACUCAGAGGCUUCCACGGCUUGUUGGCCUCUCAAAAGCUCUUGAAAUGAUUUUGAUGUCAAAGCGAGUAGAAGGGAAGGAGGCUCGAACUUUAUCUCUCGUGGAUGCCAUUGCUCCAGCAGAUAAGCUUCUUGAACUAGCUUGUCAAUGGGCUUUGGACAUAGUAGAGUGUAGAAGACCAUGGAUGAUCAGUCUUUAUAGAACUGACAAGUUAGAAACCCUGGCAGAAGCUAGGGCAAUACUUAACUCCGCCAGACUUGAAGUCCAGAGACAAAAUCCAAAUGUAGUGCACCCAUUAGUAUGCAUUGAUGUCAUUGGACAGGGCAUUGUUUCAGGUCCUCGUAAAGCACUGUGGAAGGAAGCAGAAGCUCUUCAAGAACUUCGGCAAUCUAGUACAUGCAGAAGUCUAGUUCACGUGUUUUUCGCGCAACGCCAAAUUAUUAAGAUUCCUGUCAUUUCUAAGAUGAAUUUGCUGCCAAGAAAAAUAGUGAAGGUUGCUGUUGUCGGUGGGGGAUUGAUGAGCUCUGAAAUAGCAACCAUGUUGAUUCUUAGUAAUUACCAAGUCAUUCUGAAAGAGACGAACAAGAAGCAUCUCAUAGAUGCAAUCAGUAGAGUCAAAGAAAAUUUGCAAAAUCGUGUCAAGAAUGGAAGGGCAACUCAAGAGGGCCUUGAAAAAUCUCUCAGCCUAUUGGAGGGGGUUCUUGAUUAUGACAAGUUUAAGGAUGUUGAUUUAGUUAUAGAGGCGGAAUCUGAAAGUUUGUCGCUGAAGCAAGAGAUUUUUUCUAAUCUUGAGAAGUGCUGUCCUCUACAUUGCAUUUUUACCAGUAAUAUCUCAACAUUCAGUGUGAAAUUGGUCGGAGAAAGGACCAAAAGCCAACAUCGGAUUGCUGGGAUCCACUUUUUCUGCCUUUCUCCUGUCAUGCCUCUUAUGGAAAUAGUUCAUACUGAAUGCACAUCGCCUCAAGUAAUUGUUGAUUUAAUAGACUUUGGGAGAAAAAUGAGGAAAACCCCAAUUAUGGUCAGUGACCGGAAAGGCUAUACCGUCAAUAGCAUGCUCCUCACAUAUUUGCAUGUAGCAAUACUACUCGCUGAACGAGGUGUUGAUGUUUACCGCAUUGAUCAGGUUCUCAAAAGCUUUGGGAUGCAAGUGGGUCCAUUUAGGAUGCUUGAUGUGGUUGGACUUCAAGUUUUUGUGGUGAUUAGUAAGAAAUUUGUUGAGAGUCUCCCAGAUAGGUCCUACAAAUCUCAACUGAUUCCUAGUUUACAGCAAGAUAACCGUAAAGGCGAACGUAGUGGUAAGGGUUUCUACAACUAUGACAACUGUGGCAAGGCCAGCCCAGACCCCAAGCUCUCAAGGUACAUGAAAACAGCUAGGGAUGCGUCAAAUGUGACUUUUAUCGACUCCGAGCUGACAAAGUUGUCUGAUAGUGAGAUUGUUGAGAUGAUACUUUUUCCUGCUUUAAACGAAGCAUGUCGUAUGAUUUCAGAUGGUGUUGUAAUUAGAUCAUCUGAUCUGGAUGUUGCCUCUGUCCUGGGAAUGGGGUUCCCAGCAUACAGGGGAGGAAUCAUUUACUGGUCUGAUUCCUUUGGCUCCACUUAUAUAUGCUCAAGAUUGGAGAAAUGGUCAAAGGAAUAUGGAGUCUUUUUCAGGCCUUGCGACUACAUAAUGGAGCGAUCUGCAAAGAGCAUAUCUCUACAGACCAGUGAAACCAGGCAGGCUAAGUCCCAGCUGUAAUCCCUAUUUUAUAAGCUGAUGAGCCGUUGGGACUUGGGAGUUGAUUGCUGCAGUGGAUGCUCAAGUCCAGAAAAUAGGAGCUGCUUAAGAGAGCACAUACCCAUUACUCCCUCAUUGCUCUUUUUUAACUUUCUGUUUUUCAAUCUUCACCUGGUUUUAAACAAACCUCAAAAGAAAAUAAAUUCCUAGAUGUUUUAUUUA